GAAAACCAAGCCAGAUGUGUUGUGCUAAAGUAUUGUGCUAUUAUUGAAGCACACUACUUCAUCCAGAUGUUUCUUUGAAGUGGCUUUCGUUUAAUAAUUCUUUACUGUGCAACACCAUCCCUUAGCUUGCUGUGAGAAAUUUAAUUAAACCAUAAAACUACUCUUUUAUCUCCACUCUCAAAAUAGUGCUUUUUUUUUUAGAUUGUUGGGUUCUGUGUACAGCCAUAUAAACUGUAAGCCUCCAGAAUGGAUUCAUGAAGAUUGAAAUCAGAUGGAAGUCUUGCAUGAUAGUAUUUUAAGGGGUUCUCAUAGCACUAAGGACGACACCCUGAUGAGAACCUGGGACGUCAUAGGAGAACUUUUUUUUUUUUUUACAGCCUGCAAUAGCCAGGUGCUACAAGAUACAGAUAUCAAGUAGAAAGAAGAAGAAAAAAACACCCAACAGCAUAGUCUCAGGAGGAUUAGAACAAGCUGAAGAAGUGCCAGGAGCCAUAAUUUACUUAUGCAACUGGAAAAGUAAGUGAAGAGGUAGCUAAAGCCGCAGCAUCAAUCAGAGCUGUUGACCAUCCAAAUACAAUCUACUAGCAUUAACGUUUGCGCUGCGUGUGAAUUUGCUGACGAUGUUUGGAGCUGAGCCAGAUGGAUUCUCCGUGUCCCUCUACCUUCUCCUGCUCUUCUUGGUUCUUCUGUACUGGUAUUCCAUCUCUCCGUAUUCGGUAUUGCAGCGAUGUGGCAUCCGACAUCCCAAACCGACUCCCUUCAUCGGAAACUUGAUGCUGUUUCGACACGAUUUUUUCAAAGCUCAGAAGGACCUGAUCAACCAGUACGGCCGAGUAUGUGGUUAUUAUCUAGCCAGACUUCCAGUGGUGGUGAUAGCUGACCCAGACAUGCUCAGACAGGUUAUGGUGAAGGAGUUUCAUAACUUCCCAAACAGAAUGGGCACUGAGCCCAUUGAGAGGACAAUACUGUAUUCCCUCUUCUGCAUUCAGAAGCUCGUGGAUGGAUUGAUAUUUAGGACGGCUAUAAAGCCGAUGCCGGACAGUCUGAUCUUGCUGAGAGAUGAACGCUGGAAGCGAGUGCGCAGCAUCCUAACACCAUCCUUCAGCGCAGCCAGGAUGAAAGAGAUGGUUCCUCUUAUCCAUGAAGCUGCAGAAACGUUACUGAAGAACCUGAAGACUUAUGCAGAAUCUGAAGAGACCUUUAACAUCCAGAGGUGUUUUGGUUGCUUCUCUAUGGAUGUGAUAGCAAGUGUGGCGUUCGGGAUGCGCGUGGACUCUCAGAACAACCCCAGCGAUCCAUUUGUGCACUACGCCUCAAAGUUCUUUGCCUUCACUGUUUUCAAACCCAUCAUGAUCAUCUUCAUGGCUUUCCCCUUCCUGAUUGGGCCGCUUCAUGGCUUGAUGAAAGAUAAAGAGGGAACUGAGAUGAGCAAGUUCUUCACCAGUUGUAUUCAGAAACUUAUCAAACAGAGGGAUGAGUUGCCCCCUAGUCAGAGGCGGAGAGACUUCCUGCAGAUGAUGCUGGAUGUGAGGAGCAGUAAGGAGUGUGUGUCCCUGGAUCACUUUGACGUGGUCAAUCAAGCAGACGAGGAAGUCGUGUCUGACGGAAAGGCAGAAAGCGGUCAAAAGUCGGCAAAGCAGCAGAAAAGAAUGAUUACGGAGGAUGAGAUCAUAGGCCAGGCCUUCCUCUUCCUCAUCGCUGGCUAUGAGUCGAGCAGUAACACUCUCUCGUUCGUCUCCUACCUGCUGGCCAUCCACCCGGACUGUCAGAAGAAAGUGCACAGAGAGUUGGACGACUUCUUCAGCAGACACGACUCAGUAGAUUACACUAACAUCCAGGAGCUGAAAUAUUUAGACAUGGUGGUGUGUGAGACUCUGAGGAUGUAUCCACCUGCAUUUAGAUAUGCGCGCACUAUUGAGCAUGACUGUGUGGUGAAUGGACAGUUCCUGCCUAAAGGAGGUACACUAGAGAUCCCAGCAGGCUUCCUGCAUUAUGACCCAGAGCACUGGCACGAGCCAGAGAAAUUCAUACCUGAAAGGUUUACCCCUGAAGCCAAAGCCAGUCGACACCCUUUUGUGUACCUGCCAUUCGGAGCAGGGCCUCGAAGCUGUGUGGGCAUGAGACUGGCCCAGCUGGAGAUAAGGAUGGCCCUGGCUAACAUCUUUAAAGCAUUUAAUGUGGUGGCAUGUCAGGAAACUGAGGUUCCUCUUUCGUUAAAGUCAAGCAGCACGCUCGGACCCAAGAAUGGAGUUUUUGUCAAAAUUACCAAGAGGGAGAAGUUUAAUGAUGAUUAGAAAAAAAUGUCAAGAUUAUGAUUUCUAUAAUGUUGUAUACUGAACAGCUUGGAGCAGCUUAAGUGCUUGGAAUAUACGUCAUUUGCAUAGUAAACUGUAGAAGUGAUUUAGUCACAUAAAAGCUUACUGCAUAUAAUAGACAGUGUGUAAACUGUAUGAUCAUUCAGCCGUAUUAUAUACACGGAUGCUUCUGAUUUCUUGACCCUUGAUUUCUUGCAAAUAAAAAAAAUUGCUUUCUUUUAUUAUUGUAAGGAAAAAAUAUUAUCCUGGGAUCAAUACCAAGGAAUAACAGCAGAACGGAUUAAAGGUGGGAUUCAUCCAA